GACCGCAGACUGCCAACUUGGCCCCGACGCAGAAAGCACUAACAAAACAGCCCAGUGUCUGGCGCAUGCAGCUGCCCUGCCGAGCACCUCUGGGUCGACGCCAAGGGCGCCAUCGCCGCGUCCCCCAACCUAGGUACUUGCGGGUCUCAGGUGCUCGAAGCCGCUAAGGUCAGCUAGCUGCCGCAGGGCGCCAUUGCGACUGGCGUGGGGCAUGGGCCGGGAUAACGUUGUGUUUGCCGAUGUCAACGGCGAUGGGCGUGCCGACUACCUGGCCGUGUCUCGCGAGAACGGCAGCACUCGGCUGUGGCUCAACGGCGGAGGGGCCGGAUAACAGGUCCAACACGGCCAAGGUCGCGUGGUCCCCACAUGGCACCAUCGCCAUGGGCGUUGGAGAGAUGCGCAGGCCUGCAUAUUGCGGAUCUGAGCGGCGACGGCAGGGCCGAGUGCAUAGAUGUCAGGUUUGCCACUUCUGCGUGUCGGCAUGGCUGAACGGGUGCUAAUGCUGCUGCAGCCCUGGGUGGCAGGUUAUGGGCCGAGGUCAUUCUGAUUUCAAAUUUACGAGUAAUUCACG